UCUCUCUAAAAUAUAGAGAAGUUUAGAAAAUGUCUAGUCAUUGAAGGGCACUAAAAAAUGGAGCCUUCAAUUGUAUCCGCGGUUGAUUUAAUCCUUAAAAUGAUAUUAGAUUUAGAUAACCAUACAAAACACUAGUCUAUCCCUGUCAUUUAAGACUGAAAAAUAUUUACCAAAAUCAUCUAAUGGACGUGCUUUAUGUCAAACAAUUAGAUAAAAAUUUUAAAAAUGCCGAAUACUUUAAAAAGAAUGAUAAUGCUCAAAUGUCCCUUGUCGAAAAAAUAGAUAAUCAUCACCAUGUAUCUUUAUACAAUCUUUUGAAGGAGUCGAACAAAAAUAUUUCGUCAUUUCCCGGAACCUUAAAUGCCCUAUUUUCGCCGGACAAGCAUAUCGAUUUAAAAUACGAUGUAAAAAUUGAUGAUAGAGUUGUUACCCAAAAAAGGGAUGAGUGCAAUAAUCUAAAGAAGAGACGGAUGCUAGCCGCUUUUUCCAAAUACGAUACCCAUAACCAAACCCGCAAUAGUUUAUACGAUACUAUUAAGGAUAUAUCAUUACCUGACCGAUCUUUUGUUGAUAGUGUCCCUAUCAAUGUCAAUGAAUAUAUCACACUUUCAAGAAAUAAUGUUAUAAAGCACACUUCCGAUAAAAUUUGUUAUCCAAUAAUUCAAAAAUAUGAUCUAUCUAAUAGAAAGAAUGAGAAUUCCAAUCAAACGAUUCAUACUAAUAUUGAAGAUACAUCGAAAAUAAAUACCGCUAAAGAUUUUAGUAUACUGCCAACUAAAAGUUCCCAUUCAAAUAAUCUUUUGUUUUUACUCGAUAAUAAUCCUAUAAAUGCCAAAAAAGGAGAAUACCAAAUAAGUUCCCAGAAAUUAAAGCUAAAUUUUGAAUCUAAUAUCAAUCAUCUUGAUGGAAAUCUGAUCAAAGAUAUAAUAAGUAAUAUUGACAUUCCGAAAAACAAAUUGGAUCCUCCCGUUACGGAUAAUGCCCGCAUGUAUUGGGAAAAUUAUAUUAAACAAAUGAUGAUUUAUAAUGACUACAGGGAGUCUCGAAAUAAUGUAACUGGCUCAGAUUUCAACAAAGAUAAAAAAUGCCAUAAUGAUUAUGUUAAUGAUAGAAGAAUACGUGCAACUAAGUUAGAACCACAUUCCUCAUCCCCGUCAUCUUCUAAUAACGAGCCUCCUACAAGAUCUCAAAAAACGGCACAAGUUUUAUACGAACAUUUAUUAUGUGCUAUUCCCAAAAACAAUCAUGAUUAUUCCAACGAUCAACCUUUGAAUUUAACCAAAUCGACUACUAAAACUAAUUCGAAACGACAGCUUUCUCAAUCAACAUAUGCGAAAAGGAAAAAUCUAGUCAUCAACGACCCCCAAAGAACGAUCACUACAUAUGUGGAUCAUUUUAAUAGUGAGGAUACUUCACCCGAUUUCGAUAAAACCGGUGACGAAUGUAAAAAAAAUAACACAUUCACGUCUAUCACUAAUUAUCCGAGUGUUCCAUCACAUUGCUACAAUUAUGACGAUGCUAUUACUGACCCUGUGUUUGCCAAAUUUCUACAAAGCUCGCAUUCUUACGUUUUACAACCGGUCGCUCCUAACGUCUCCCCAUAUUUGUAUGGCUCCUUGUAUUACAAUAAAAUUCCAUACCUGAGUAAGGCCGUCUCAGGGUCAUUUUUAGAGCCAAUGGGUGAUUUUAAUCUUUACGAAGACACUGGUAAAAAUAUUGAGACCCAUUCUUCCUCCGAUCAUGUUUAUAAAAAAAUGGAUGAAUUCGCCAAAUACUACCAAAACAUGAACCCAUUUUAUGUAAAUCCUUCAAGUUUUCUCCAAUCUUUCAUGCUAAACAAUGAAUUAUGGGCAGCCUCAACUUGGAAUCACAAUGAAACAGAACCUGAAAUUAAAAUUUCUCAGUCAAGUAUAAACACGGCAUCAAUGGACCAACGCUCAAACAAUGUUACUAACAUGUCACCUACUUCUGAGAUUAACGACGAUAUUAAAAUUAUGCCUGAAGAUUUAUCCAAUGGUUUUGCCUGGCUUCAUGAUAAUAGUUCUGUAUCUUCACACUUUUCAUCCGAAAGCUUCGAAAAUGGCAAUAACUCACAUAACUUGAGUUAUGAUUCACCAAAGGCUAAUGCUCAUAAUAAUGACCAUUCCGGAAUUCUUAAAAUCGAAGACGAUAACAAUGUUAUUGGGCAGAAAGGCGGGAAGGAUAUCCUAAAUACCGAUUCUGGUGUCGAUUUAACUUUCGAAGAAGAAGCUCAAUCAAUUAACAAAAAACCAUAUGAUUCGCUGGUUAACGAUGGUAUAGAUCAAUACAACGAAGACAAAUAUAAAGAUGACUUUACUAGCGACGCCGUAAAGCGACUGGUACGACGCUGGAAGGGAACGGAAGAUUUUUUAUGGGAAGAAGACCAAAAUCUUUCAUCUUCAUUAGCGAAUCCCACUUUAACAUUGUUUAAAAACGUAUCUCAGCAUUUAAAUAAUGAUAGUGUUCACCACAACGAUAAUAAUAAUAAUCAGAGUCAAUUAAACGGAAGGCCGUGUAAUAAAGAUGCCCGCUUGGCUCUGGCGCUUUCCUUGCCUUUCAGUAUAGAACGUAUAGUUACUUCCCCCAUUGACACAUUCGGUGAAAUGUUGAGGAAGAGCGAACUCACGCUCGAACAGAUAGGAUUAGUAAGAGAUAUUCGUAGACGGGGAAAGAAUAAAAUAGCCGCUCAAAACUGUCGAAAGAGGAAAUUAGACCUGAUCAUGUAUUUGGGUCAAAAUGUGGACCAUCUUAAAAAGAUGCGUAAAAGAUUGUCGGAAGAAAGACAAGAUUUGGAGUCCGAAAUAACUAAUUAUCACAAAAAAAUAUCCCAAUUGUUCCUAGACAAUUUUUCAGCCUAUAGUGAUCACAACUCUUGUGAUAUUCAGGAUUACAAUAUAAUACUCGGGACAAAGGGACGCGGUUCUUUUAUAAACAAAAAAACAUCCAUUUCCGAAUACGAAUUUAUUUGGGAACCCAAAGAAUGAAAUUUUAUGCCAAAAUAUUUUUUUUUAUUAAAUAAUCAAAAGUGCAAAGUUUAUGGAUUUUAUUUCAUCUUGCAUUCUCUUAUUUGUAUUUAUAUAUAAAUUAUUUUUAAAUAACCCCAGUUUAUACAAUUAUUGCCCCAAUAUUAAUGUACAAUUUUAUUUUGUCCUAACUUGUUUGCACUAUAUUAAUUAAAUUUAUUUUAACAAUGCAAAAUAUUCUUUUCCUUUUUUGGGGAUCUUUUAUUAUCAAGAAAUAAUGUGUAUUCUUUUCCAUGCCAAAUUCUCUUGAAAAUACAUCUCUUACCCUUUCUGUAAUCUUGACUAUUCAUAAGAUAGCAUAAUCAAAUUUAUUGUACUAUAAAAUUAAUAGGGUAACAAUUUAAUUAUAUUAUUGUAACCAUUGAUUAUUAAAAUUUUAUAAAAUUAAAAUGCGCCGUAAAUUUUUUUUUUCAAUAAAAAAUAUUAGACGAGAAUGACAAUAACAAAUCUUUAUAACUUUUGCGCCUUCAAAGAU